AUGGGCCGGUCACGUGGUUUUGUUCUCUCGCAGCCGCUGAACCAGCGCUUGGCUGGGAGACGCGCAUGGAAAUUCCUGGAGAAGUUCCUUUUCCAGAUUAAGAAUUUGUUGGAUUAAAACUGAGUGACCUUACUGUUUCCAUGACAGACCUUGAGCUGCAUGUACGGUACUAACGUUAGGUGAGGUUUAUGUAGCCCGACUGCAAGAGAAUGCCGGCCUUGGUGAGCUGCUACAUGUGAAGGAGGGCUCGACACGCUCCAUGUCUUCCGAAGAAGGGUUGUCUGGUCACUUUAACCGGGGUAGGGCCGCUCCCCACUAUGACCAGGUUCCCAUAGGCUCCCUGCGGAGAGAUGACCCUCCCCCCCUCCAGCAUCAGUUUGCUGCCAGCCUGGCCAUGAGCUCUGAGCCCCUGCCCCCUCCUCCCCUCCCGGAGGAUCCCCCUGUGGGGCCCGAGUUUGACCCCAGUGACACUGAACCAGAAUUGGAUGGCAUUAACAUCAAACCCGUUCAUCGCUUCAUCCCCGAUUCCUGGAAGAACUUCUUCCGGGGCAGUGGGCGCAGCAGCGGCAGCAGCAAGCCGCAGUCCGCUCCCGACGACCAGCCCAACGGUAGCAGCAGCAGCAAGGGCGUCCGCUGCUCCCCCCCACACACCUCCUCGGCCCCCAACUCCUUCCUGGACCCAUACGGAGGAUCGGGAGGCAGCUACAACACUCACAAGGAGCAGCUGGCACUCCUGCACGAUGGCCUGCCUGAGUCCUGGGACGGACGGACUCAGCAGACGGCGCUGACCUACAGCGAGCGAGUGGAGGAGUACAACAUGCGCUACGCCUAUAUGAAAUCCUGGCCGGGUCUGCUGCGCAUCCUGGGCUGCGUGGAGCUGCUGCUGGGGGCGGCGGUCUUCGCCUGCGUCUGCGCGUACGUCCACAAGGACAACGAGUGGUUCAACAUGUUCGGCUACUCGCAGCCGCAGAUGUUCAGCAUGUACGGCGGUAGCAGUGGAUCCUACUACAACGGGCCCCAGACGCCCUUCGUCCUGGUGGUGGCCGGUCUGGCUUGGGUCGUCACGGUGAUCCUGCUGGUACUCGGCAUGAGCAUGUAUUACCGCACAAUCCUGCUGGACUCCAACUGGUGGCCACUUACAGAAUUCGUCAUCAAUUUGGUGCUGGCCACCCUGUAUAUGGCAGCCGGGAUCGUGUAUGUGAGGGACACCAUCCGCGGCGGCCUGUGUUACUAUCCCAUCUUCAACAAUGGGAUCAACGGGGCCUUUUGCCGCACCGAAGCCGGACAGACCGCCGCCAUCAUCUUCCUCUUCGUCGCCAUGCUGGUGUACUUGAUCGGUGCCAUCGUUUGCCUCAAGCUGUGGCGCCAUGAAGCUGCCCGCAGGCUUCGCGAGAGCCUAGGCCUUGAGACGACCCACUCUGCUUCAAGAUCCUUGAUUGUCCCAGGUUCCAGAGCCCCUGAGUCUAGGCACAAUUAUCCUAGUACCGUGGAGAUGGAACCAGUUGCUGUGGAAACGCAGCCAGAAAUCCUAAGAGGACACAUUCCUUCUGGACACAUUCCAAAACCAGUAGUCAUGCCAGACUACAUUCAGAAGUACCCCAGCAUUCGGACAGAUGAGGAGCGAGACCAGUACAAGGCGGUGUUCAAUGACCAGUAUGCAGAGUACAAAGAGCUGCACGCGGAGGUGAAUGCCACCCUUAAGAAGUUCGAUGAUCUGGAUGGGAUGAUGCGUAACCUGCCCCAGAACGCUAUCGAUCAGACGGAACGGGAUCGUGUUCACAGAAUCCUUCAGGAGUAUCAGAAGAAGAAAAAUGAUCCUACAUUCCUGGAGAAGAAAGAGCGAUGUGAAUACCUGAAAAAUAAACUCUCUCACAUUAAACAGAAGAUUCAGGAAUAUAACAAAGUAAUGGAAUGGAAUGACGGCUUCAGUUAAGCCAAUAAGGAAACCUACCUGUGAGCAGCGUUUUCAUGAAUUCAUUUUAUCCAUCCAUCCAUUUUCCAGCUUUAAGGAACUUUAAGCACAUGAACAGGUGCUUUUGCUUGAGCAUACUUAGAGUACCUUUCUUGGGGUCAUUCUGUCCGUGGGUUGAUCUCACACCAACAGUUUUUAUUUUAUUUAUUUGUUAUUUUUUGAAAAGUCGCCAAAGUGCCUUUUGGUUAGUGACUUGCCAGUGUAAGUUAAUGACUGUUUAUUUUGAGAUUAGUACUGAUAGAUAUCCAUUGUGACUUUACACUGCUCUUUCUUCAUUUGCCUUCAAAAGUGGAGUUUCAUUAAGGCAAUGCACACACUCACGCGGCAGGCUGAAUGACGCGAUUGUUUAUAUCACAGUUGGUAAUUUCUCUGCAUUUUGUAUUCAUUUUUUAAAAAUGCUUUUAAUAAGUAUGCUCCAAAGGCAUCACUUUUGCAUAACAUUCCAAUGUUUCUCUUGCCUUGCAGUAGCCAUUUUAUAUAUUUUUUUUCCCCCACAUUUGUGAUAUGUUGCUUAUCAUGUGGAUAUAUAGUUGUAGUAUAUAAUUUUCGAUGAAUAAUAUCCACAAAUUGUAAACAUUGUAUAAAUAUUUGUGAAAUAGUCGCAGUACACUUUCUUGAAAGCAGUCUUCAAGUUAAAAUGGAGAAAUGAUUCUUUUAACUCAUUUCAGAUAUUGGUCCUUCUGCUGUUACAGAAUAUUUUUUACUGUGAAAUGCAAAGUCAUGUAAUUUCUUUGGAAAUUUUUAAAUGAUAUUCCUAAUGACAAAUCUAAAAAGUCACAAAGAUUAUAAAUAUUACAGCCAUUGUAUAUUGUAAUCAGAUUCAGCCUUACCAAAGUUUUCUGUGUUGUACAAACUGUCUGAUAAAUAAAGGACCCUAUCAGAUU